GUUUUCACAUUAAUUUUGCCAUUGGUGCUUGGAGCCCUGAUUCCGUCAAUCGGAUUGGAGUGGACGCUAAGAGUCAUUGCCCUUUUGAUGAUCAUCAUCAUUGCAGCUUCAUUUGCAUACAAGCUGCCUCAAGGGGCCAAAGUUGACAGGACUGAGGACAAAAAACUGAAAAUCAAAACUUUCCUCAACGUAAAAAUUUGGAAGAAUAAAAAAUUUGUUAUUUGGACCAUCGGACUUCCGUGUGCAGUGUUUGGUUAUUACGUCCCAAUUGUCCACUUGGUAACAUUUGUGUCAAUCAACUUCCCAGCUGACGACGGAAAAAUUUUGGUAAUGUGCAUCGGUGCUUCCUCAACUGUAGGGCGGUUGGCAUUCGGAAUUAUUUCCGACCACGAGAAAAUCAACAGAGUUUUGCUACAGCAAAUUUCCCUGAUUUCAAUUGGUGUAUUCACGAUGCUGCUGGUGGCAGCAAAUACUUGGAUCUACAUGAUUCUGCUUUGUCUGGGAAUUGGUCUUGCUGACGGAUGCUUUGUCAGUCUGAUCGGGCCUAUCGCGUUCGAUUUGUGCGGCCCCGAAGGCGCGGUACAAGCGAUUGGAUUUGUGAAUGGAAUUAGCGCGAUUUCCAUCACUGUAGGCCCUACUGUAGCAGGUUAG